GAAGUGGGAAAAGUAGAUAAACAAUAACCGAAAAUAAACCAAAAAAUGGAAUGAAAAUUCAUGUUCCAAAGAAUGGUGAUUCAACAUCAUCAUAAAGCUACAAGAUUCAAUCCACCUUCAUAAUUUCACACUCAGAUCUUCACAACCCCUUCCACUUUCCCAUCAAUAUUUGGUCUAUAUAUGAAUCAAUAUGAUGUAUUGAUGGAAUGAGUGAGUAAUGGCCGCAGCCGAAGCACGAGCAGCGUGGCAACGAACCGCCAACCGUUGUUUCGUCCAAGAAGAUGCGAAAAGAGCUCCCAAAUUAGCAUGUGUUCCUCCGGCUUCUUCUUCAUUGACUAAACUAGUUGACACUAGACCUACUACGAAUGGGUUGGACGAUUUUGCCCCUCCGAGCGCCAACACUGUGUAUUCAAAUCUUUCUCCGGAGUCGAGAUGGUGGCUUCAAUCGCAGUCGAACUUUAUAUACCAAAAGGGUUUGACUAACGAAAAAAUCAACACCUUCGAGGCCGGAAAUUCUCAUCAAUUUGUCGACAUUAUGGAUUCUCAAUCAACUGUGAAGGGCGAUCAUGUAGGGGAAGAAGAAUCAUAUGAGUUUGUGGAGAUGGAUUCUGUUGAUUGCUGUACUGUUUUGAAAGAACUGGAUGAGUUCAGUUUGGACUCGGAGUUUCCUCAUUGGAUGGAGAACGAGAAGAACCACGAGCUGCCAUGGUGGCGGAUGACCGAUAAAGGUGAUCUGGCUUCGUUUGUUGCAAAGAGAUCACACGAUUUCAUUGAGAAUUGCGAUCUUCCGCAGCCGCAAAACAAAAGUUUUAAGAGAGACCCACGUGCUAAAGAUCAAUGCCUACACAAAAAAGAUGAAAUCUUUACCACAUUCGGGAUUUCGAAGCCACAACAGCACCAUUGUCAAACUCUAGAAACCGUUCACGACAGGCAUAACGCCAGUUCAGGGCCGGUCAGCCCUUUAAGUACACAGAGCGGUGAUGCCACGGCUCAUGAAGGUUCAACAACUCCCGGGAUGGAUCCAGCCAAAUGGAAGCUACUAGAAGCUCUGCGCCAUUCUCAAACACGAGCAAGGGAAGCAGAAAAAGCCGCAAAACAAGCUUACGCAGAGAAAGAACAUGUCGUGAAGCUCAUCUUUAAACAAGCAUCUCAGUUAUUCGCAUAUAAGCAAUGGCUCUAUCUUCUACAACUCGAAAAUCUUUAUAAUCAAAUCAAAACCAACAAGAUCACACCCGUCUUCCCGGUUUCUCCAUGGCAAGUAGCUCGCAAAAAGGCACGCAGAAAUUUGCCCCCGCCAUCUGCCAAGAGGAAAACACGACCCAAAAAAGGUGUUCCGAGUUGCAAACAUGAUAUAGGCACGUAUGCUGUGGCUUUUGCGGUCGGGUUAGGGCUUGUUGGUGCGGGUUUGCUUCUUGGGUGGACUGUUGGAUGGAUGUUCAUCUAGUCAUCAUCCCAGUGUCGGUAUGCCACUCCGGAACCAACUGUACUACACCCUAGUGGCAUAUUUGUGUCAGUAUAUCAUCCUGGAACCAAUUGUGCUACACCCUAGGGCGUGGCAUGGCAGGUAUGUUAGUGUCAGUAUACCAUCCUGGAACCAACUGUGGUUGCUAUGCCCGGGGGCAGUGGCAGGUAUGUUUGUGUCAGUAUACCAACCACCAUCCUGGAAUCACCAGGGUGCCACCCCUGGGGCCGUGGCAGGUAUUUUAAUGCAAUUGUAGUGCCUAAUGUACAAAGUUGUUUGCUUCGAAUUGUUAGCUAGUCGGUGUAUAGCUAUGGUUUCUGUAUCGUUUUGUAACGAGUUUGCAGUUAUGUUCAUCAUGUGUGACAUCUCAAAUAUUGUGAAUCAUAUCAGUGGUUUUUAGAUUGAGAA